AUGACCUCUCCACAAAUCGAUUCUUCUUCUUCAUAUCCUUCAUAUUCUUCGGACACAAUUCGGAACCCCACCUAUUCUGUAAUACCAAGGAAUGAGGUCAUGCAUAUCAUGUCCGCAAGAUCUUUUGAGCAAGCCGAAUCAUCAUAUACGAGCUUAAUGCUUCAACGACUCAAAAACGCUUGUUCAUCCUUUGCACGAGGAGAAACAUCAAAAUACGUAGUACCUGGCAAAGAGUUAUUAAAGGCUGUGUGGAAGCAAAUUUUGUUGUGUUUUAAGGCGCGAUUAGAGAGUGGACAAAGAGCCACUCAUUUCCAUGAUGCCGAUAUUGCUGAUAUUUUGCAAUAUCUCUCUCAUGCCCAUUGGAUUUAUUUACAACCUUCAAUGAGGGAAAAAUUAUACAUUGGAUUUGAUUUUAAGAAAGGCUUAAGAGCUUUAUAUUAUGAUGCAAAAGUAGAAGAAAAGAAAAAAGCAUUUGAUGCUUACAACAAUUCAGACGAUGAUGAUUUUGAAACCAAUUUUCUAAUUUCGAAUCAUGUCAUUAGAAAUUUAGAUUGUGAUUUAGCUUCUGAUUUAUUACGAUAUUUUGUGAGUGUUUUCACAGAGGAGAUGAGUAUAGUGAUCCUUGGAGUGGAUAUUGAAGGUAAUACACUGCAAUUGAAGGAGCUCUCUCUUGCCAAGUAUAUACAACAAUACGAGACGAUCAAACAUAUUUUAGAGACCAUUAGAGACUACUAUGUGUUUGACCUGGAUGAAAAAUAUGGAUCAGAAAUACACAUGAUUGAAUGUCCAAAAAAGGACAAUCUAACCGAUGUAUCCAAACUUAUUGCAUGUAUGAAUUAUUACGCUAUGGAAGAUAGACAACGAACAGCUUGCAAAGAUAUUCGCCUCUUUUUUCAUCAAAUCAAAAAUGUAUAUAUUAAGUGCAAAUUGUUAGAACAAGUUGUGACAUUGUCUUUUAGCAAUGAGCGCGACCUAUGUGAAUUUCUUCGAGAUUUAUUUUCGGAUUAUAUCAACUUUAGGCCGAGAACCAACACAUUGAGCGAUUUGAUGUCUGAUCUUAAUGAUAUAAUUGCCAAAAAGAGGAUCAAAAAGGUGACAGAUGCCACUGGAAUGACUCUCUGUUGUCUCUACUUUGUAAUAGCAUCUUCUCAUUCGAACCCUAAUUUUAAGUCUCUACAACUCACUCCUUCUCAACACGAAGCUGCUAAAGAAUUUGCUGAAAGUGAUCUCAAGAUUGAAGUGACAGACGAAUUAUUGGCGCCCGAAAUGGUCUUCCUUUUGCAGAAAUUUGUCACGGAUGAAAUGCAAGAUGAGUAA